GUAAUAUUUAUACAACAUUUAUAUAUUUUAAUGUGAGUAAAUUUAUUUUGCUUUGAUUUAAAUCUUAUUUUCCAAUACAGAAAACGGUAUUAAAAAGGUCCUUUGCUUCAAAAGCCUUAACCAACACUGAUCCGAAAGCCUGUCGGUUAAGCGCCUGCGUCGAAAAACAACAAGCGCUUAAUCAAUAAAAACAUAAAAUUUAGUGCGCAAGGAGCAUCGGCAGCAGGAACAGGAACAAAAACAAUAUUCUCCGCGAAGGACAACAACAUUCGCAUAGUUUUUCCUGUUUGUAAAGGACGCGCAGAGGAGGAGCUUAUUCCAUUAAUUUAGCAUUAUAAAUCGUAGAUAAAAGACGACGACGAUAAUUAAGCAAUUUCCCAAUUAGCUUUGCAGCUGCAGAAAAAGCAAAGGUGAGCGAAUAUUGAGUAUUUACCGUUUGUUACCUGUGCGCGACAACAAAACGCACAGGGAAAGUAGAAGGAGCAAAAGAGAGAGAGAGUGAGACAAAAAGUGAGUGAGAGAAAGGUAAAAGCAGCAGCAAAAUAAGUGAACCAAACUGCAUUUCCAGGAACAACAAAAAACAGGACAACAGGACGCAGUGGAGAGGAAUAAUUAAAGAGGAAAUACAAAAACAACACAACAAUAAAGCAGAAGAAAAUACAUCAAAUUAAAGGAGACGUUAAGGAAAAUAUUGCUUAAAAUUGCUGUUCGUUGAAGUUUUAAUUUAAUUAAGAAGCUUAGAAAACCAUCCAUGUGAUAAACACUAAAAAAAGAAACCAAGAAAGGAACGCAAAUUAGACUAAAGAAACUACAGAAAAGAAGGAACUGCAAUAAAGAAACGGAGAAGAUAAUCAGAAUAAACAAGAAGCUACACAUAAAAGCUACUGAAAAAAGGAUAAACCCUAAAAACUACAAAAAGGGAGCGUAAUUAUCUCCAGUGAAAGAUCUUUCACUCAGUUUCUCAGAGAGAGAGAAAGAGAGAAGAAUCUGCUUCCGCCAUAAGCUUAUUUACCGUUAACUUCCUUGAUUAAUCCUUAACCGUUAGCCAUGUAUAAAACCAUAAGACACGGCGAAAACAGUCUGCAGUACACGAUACUGCCACAAAAUGAUGAUUUCCGCAUUGAGGGAAAGCUAUCCGGUAAUGGACGCUCCGCUGGAGGAGCCUCAUCCUCAUCUUCGUCCGGCACCAAGGUCAAAGGGCAGCGACGUCGCCGUUCCUUCUUCGCCUAUCUAGGCCUCAUUUUCGUGUGCACCGUGAUUAUUGGAGCCGUGCUAAUACCCUUCCUGGUCUCCGCCGAAUGUUUGCCAAAUCCCACGGAAUGGUUUUUGAAAACUAAGGCAGCACUGAUCCACAGCCCACAGAGAGGCGGUGGCGUUGCAGCAGGCGGUGGCGAUAUAGCAGGUAAUCCAACAUUGCCCACAGGAUCUCCAUUGCUGCAGCAGAAUGUGGGACGUAAUGUGCAGAUUGUCAAUCGGAAUGGCGUGGAGCAGUUUGUGCUUCGUUUGAACAAAACUAAUGCCAAUUCAAUUACUCCAAAUACCCUGGCAUCAUCCACCACCACCACCUCGAGCAGCAGCAGCAGCACCACCACCACCACAACCUCUACAACGAGCACGACAACCACACCAGCUCCAACUACAACCACAACUAGCAGCACCACCACGACAACUACUACCACCACCAAGGAGCCAGUGACCACUCCCCGAUACUCGGCACCGGCCACCACCAUCACCACGCGCAUUAUCCAGGUUCCAUUGCUGAAAUCCGCCGCCAAGAAACCCAUUAUGCCACCGGUUUUGGCCAAGACCCAAGGAGCUCAAUACCAACCCGGCAUCGGACAGCAGGAUGCCAAGUUGCAGACACAAUCAAUUCAGGCCGAGGAGCAGACAGCAGCCCAGAAUAAUCGCAGCAACAGUGCCUGGAUCAAGACGCACUGGGCCUACAUCGAUCCCUCGACCUACUUCCAAUGGACCGGUUACAAGGCCGAGGAUAGCGUGCUGCUGCCCGCUCUUUUGGGUUUCGCCCUCAUCGGUGUGAUUCUGAUCAUAACGGUCUGCUUGGUGGCACGCAACAAGCGCACCAUCGUCUCCUCCGUCCGUAAGCGGAACCGUAACGAUAUCGAGGAGCAGGGCGCCGAGGAUAAUGCCACCUUGCUGACCACCACCAAUUUGUCUGACGACGAUUAAUUGGAGCUCGUCUAGAUGAUUUACGAUUAUUAACGUUUAAUCUUUAUUCUUCAAACCAACUCUUAAUGGUUUUUAUUUUGGUUAUAAGCUUAGCGAUCCGAAAUCCUUGGGAUUUCCUUCCGUUUUGAGACAGACACAAACUCACACGUAUAUUUAAGGAUCAGAUUGGUUUAUCAAAGCUGUCCAAAAGCCAAGCUAAAAAAAGCCACUUUCACUGUUAUGUUUCGUUCUUCCACUUUUACCCAAAACAAGAAAUGGCAAGCGGAAAAUGAAACAAUAAAAAAAGAAAAGAAGAAAAGAAAACAAAAAAAAAAAAAAAUAAUGAAGACUGUUUCUGAAACAACAACACGACCGAACACAAUGCAGUGCUUCUGGAAUUUGAAUAAAUCCAGCACAUAAAUACAUACAAUAUAAAAAAAAAACAUUGAGAAGAAGCCGCCGAUGCAUUUACACCUGGAUUUCAAGU